CCCGUCCCUCUGUGGGAUAAUAGUAGAGCUGACGGCCGUUCGGCCCCACCGCUCGGUGCUAGCUCCCCGCAAUCUCGCUUGGCUUCAGCCACUUCAUUGUCAUGAAAUGCUAACUCUUGUUUCUCUCUUAGAUGCUGCCUGCAAGCUCUUUUCCUGGAUGCAGGCAUUUUUUUGCUUUUUAUUGUAGUUGGAAUUUUUCUUCGCUUUUCAACUUCUGUCCACUUUCUUUGAAACUUCUUUGCUCCAACGAGAACCGUCUCAGCUUCUCCAACUUCAAUCACUUCAUACAGCUGAAAGCUCUCGCCUUUCGAAACGUCGCAGUAAAUCUUUUCGACAGCCUGCCUUGAAUUUUCACAUCUUUUUCAAAGUGUGUGACAAGAAUUGACUAUAAUUCUUCAGCUGUGGCCUUGCCCAUGCUUUGUACAGUGCAGAUUAUUGUAUCCAGAUAAUGGAUGUGAACAUUAACUUGGAUAAUGACCACCUGACUCAGUAUGCAAUCCAGCAGAGUUUAGAAGCUAGUGAUCAGUCAACUCGCUGUAAUGAAAGCAUCUUACCACUCAGCCAAGAAAACAGACAGAUCGUGAAAGCAAUCAGGCAAGGAGAAAUCUGCGAACUCCAGAAGUUGAUUAAACAUAAAUUUGCAUUGGAUGAAGCGGAUGAGAAGGGGUGGUUUCCACUGCAUGAAGCUGCAGCUCAACCCGUUCAACAAGUGCUUGAGAUUGUCCUAGAUUCUUCAUACAAAACAAUCUGGCAACAAAAGACUGAAGAUGGGGAAUCUCCGCUUACUCUGGCUGCUGGCGCCGGGAUAGUGGGAAAUGUGCAGGCUCUUUUGGAGAAGCGAAUUUGUCCCAAUCUCACUAACAACAAGGGAGAAACACCACUGCUGAUCGCUGUGAGGAAGAAUGCCUACGAGAUGGUAUCGGUGUUGCUCCAACAUGGAGCACUUAUUAACCGGCCCUGUGUGCGGCGAUGGACAGCAAUGCACGAAGCUGCUAAGCAAGGACGUGACGAUAUGGUGGCAUUACUGCUGAGGAACAAUGGGGACAUCAAUCAGAAGGAUGGGUAUGGAGUAACGCCUGUGGCCACGGCAGCCGCGUUUGGUCACUGCAGUGUGCUGGAGUAUCUCAUUCACAAAGGCGGCGACAUUCACGCACAAGCAGACGAUGGUGCCUCGGUGCUCCUUGAAGCUGCCGAAGGUGGGAAUCCGGAUUGUAUAACGGUGCUGCUGGAAUAUGGAGCCAAACCCAAUGAACCGGACAAUGCAGGUCACCUUCCCAUUCACCGAGCAGCGCAAGAGGGACAUUACCUGGCCUUGAAGCAUCUUAUUCCAGUCACUCGUAAGUGUGCAAUUAAGAAAAGUGGGAUAAAUCCAAUCCAUUUGGCUGCUGAUAAUGGCAGUACGCAGUGCCUGGAAUUGCUGAUAGAAAGUGGAUUUGAUGUCAACGCAGUCAUGAACGAAGAGAUAGCUGCCACCUACGACGACAAGCGCAGAACCGCCCUGUAUAUUGCCGUGUCCAAUAACGAUGUUGCCUGCACUGAGCUCCUGCUGAGAGGAAACGCACGGCAGAACCAAGAUCCACUGUCCUGCCUCCUCGUAGCGGUGAGGGCAGGGAAUCAUGAACUUGUGCGCUUGCUUCUACGCUAUGGUGCCAACGUUAACAGCUACUUCACGCUAAUCAAUGACACCCAGUUUCCCACUGCCAUCCAGUACGCAGUACACGACGAGAUGAUGCUCAGACUCCUGCUCAACAAUGGCUACGACGUACCAAUGUGCUUUGACUGCAUCCACACCGACAGCCUUAGAGGGUUUCAUCUCCAUCCUGUUAUUGAAUCAAAGUCCUACAUCACCUCAUUCUGCGAGUUCAUCACCGUGCAGUGGAUGAGUCACUUGGUCGGAAGGGUUGUGCGAGUGCUGAUAGACUACGUGGAUUACGUUUCCUUCUGCGUGACAUUAAAACCCGUGUUGGAGAAGCAAAGGGAAUGGCCUGAGAUCUGCCACAUCAUGGAAAACCCUCGACUUUUGAAGCAUUUGUGCCGACUGAAAAUACGGAAAAGUAUGGGACAAAGACAGCUGCAGGACCCAACGUGUUUGGCAUUGCUUCCGCUCCCUCCAGCGCUUGUGGAUUAUCUCUUGUAUAAGGAAUAUGACUUAUAUGGACGAGGUCUUGAUCCACUGUGUUAGGAAUGUGAACUAUAAUCAUCACGUGCCAUAGUUGUAGUUGUGGCUCGGGUCAGGACUCAUCUUCAGACUGAAAUGUUGCCUGCCCAAUCCCUCCAUAGAUGUUGCCUGACUCGCUGAGUUCCUCCAGCAUUUCAUUUUUAGUUUAGUGAUACAGCAUGGAAACAAGCCCUUCAGCCCACCGAGACUAUCAAUCACCCAUUCACGCUGCUUCCAUCUAAUUCUACUUUCUUAUCCACUCCCUGCACUCUAGGGGCAAUUACCCAGGGGCAUAUUAAUGUACAACCCGCACGUGUUAGGGAUGUGGGAGGAAACCAGAGCACCCGGAGGAAACCCAUGUGGUCACAGGGAGAAUGUAGGCAAACUCCGUACAGACUGUGCCCAAGGUCAGGAUCGGGUGCGGGUCUCUGGCACUGUGAGGCAGUAACUACCAGUUGUGCCGCUGCACCGCCAACUGUGGUGUUUCAUGUAAAUGUUAAAACUUCCCUGACAGCUGUAACUGAAUCUGGGUGGACAAUUUUAAGCAUGCAAGCAAGGGAGCCAGAUACUCAACCAGUGCAUGCAUUUGGAGUGCCAGACUGAAAGGAUAUCUUUUGGUGUAAUUAAUGUCUUAAUGCCACUGGUCCUGUAAUAGCAAGUCAGUCAUAGUCCACAGCAAAUUAAUCUUCACUUUGCUAUUGCAACGGAGUGCGAGACUAAUGGUUUCAGGGCUUGUUGGACACUUCUAUAUUCCAGACCUCCAUGUUGAUUUAGUUUAGUUUAGAGAUACAGCGUGGAAACAUGCCCUCUGGCCCAACGAGUCUGCACCGACCAGCAAUCCCCGCACACUAACACUAGCCUACAUACACACCAGAUACACGUUUACCAGCCAAUUAACCUACAAACCUGUACGUCUUUGGAGUGUGGGAGGUAACCGAAGAUCUCGGAGUAAACCCAACCGGUCACGGGGCAGAACGUGCAAACUCCGUAUAGACAGCACGGGUAGUCGGGAUUGAACCCGGGUCUCGGGUGCUGCAAGCAUUUUAAGGCAGCAACGUUACUGCUGCACCACCUGAUGAAAUACUUAGUUGGAACCUAUUCAUUAAACCGGCGUGCAUGCUUCUAGAAUUGAGUAUUAUUUCUUUAAAAACACAACUUAAUUUUAUUCAUAGAACUAGCAUUUAAUAAAUUGGAAGCUUACUCUGAAUUUUAUGGUGUUUUGCAUUGUUCUUCAUUCUGCAUUCACGAAGACUUAAAUAGAAAAUAUGAUGGAUGGAUAGAAAAUUUGAGAUACAUAGAUAGGAUAGGCUUUAGUGUGAAGAUAAACAUUAAAUGCUGGAGUAACUCAGCGGGACAGACAGCAUCUCUGGAGAGAAGGAAUGGGUGACGUUUCGGGUCGAGACCCUUCUGCAGCAGAGAUGCUGCCUGUCCCGCUGAGUCGCUCCAGCGUUUUGUGUCUUCGGUUUAAAUCAGCACCUGCAGAUCCUUCCAACACAAAGGUUUUAGUAUGUUAUGUUAUGUUUCAGAUGUACAAGACGUUGGAGAGUCCGUACUUGGAGAAUUGUGUUCAUUUAUGGUCACCCUGCUCUGAGAAAGAUGCUAUUAAGCUGGGGAGAGUCCAGAGGAGAUUUACAACGAUGUUGCCAGGACUCGUGGGCCUGUGGUACAGGGAGAGUUUGGGCAGGAUAGGACUAUAUUCCUUGUAGUGCAGAAAGCUGAUGGGUGAUCUUAUAGGGUGUAAAGGAUCAGGAGAGGAAUAGAUAAAUAUUACAGUCUUUUCCCUGGACUUGGAGAAUCAAGAUUAUAUAACAUAGGUUUAUGAUGAGAGAGGAAAAGGUUUACUAGGAACCAGAGGGACAACUUUUUCACGUAGAGAGGGAUGGGAACAUGGAAUAAGAUGCCAGAGGCAGUAGUUGAGGCAGGUACAAUAACAUCAUUUAAAAUUUUGUUAGCCCUUGCUGUCUCCUCCCCUUCCUCAGCCCUCGGGCUCCUCCUCCCUUUUUUUUUCUUCUCCCCGCCGCCCCCCAUCAGUCUGAAGAAGGGUUUCGGCCCGAAACGUUGCCUAUUUCCUUCGCUCCGUAGAUGCUGCUGCACCCGCUGAGUUACUCCAGCAUUUUUGUGUACCAUCAUUUAAAAUACAUUUGGACGUACAUAGAUAGUGAACAUUUGGAAGCCAUGGGCCCAACACAGGCAGAUGGGACUAACAUAGAUGGGGCAUCCUGUUCACCUAGGGGCAAAUUGAGCCGAAGGGCCUGUUUUCGUGCUGUAUUACUUUAUGACUUUAAUUAGGCUCGUUAGUUCAUGAGUACACUUUUAUAUUGAUUAUACCCUGUCAACUGACAUUAUCCAACUAAUUUCAACUUUGUGGUCAAUCCAUCCUCUGCAGAUCUAGCCAUCCACCCCGAAUUCUGGUAGUAGAAUUUAAGUUUCGGCAUCCUUUAUUUUGCUGACAAGUUUGAAUCCAGUAGCAUUGUAUGACUGGUAUCUAAAUGUUACCCUAAAUAUGAAGUUGGGCACUGCACUGUGUCACCGUGAAAAUAUGAAUGCAGGAACAGAUAUUUGUUUGUGGUUGCAUCACUAAACUACUGGGGAAUGUCAGCUAUCAUUAGUAUUGAACUGAACUGAACUGAACUGAAUUCAGUCCCAAUGUAAUGCACACAUUUGGUGUUUGCAACUAAAACUCAAUCUCCUCUCAUUGCUAUCCAAUUACCUCUUGUUUAUUCACGAGCGCACUCUGCUCAUUAAAUCACCUAGAAAUUGGGCUUUAUCUAUUUUUGAUGCAUUAAGCCAUUGUAAUAUUGAAGGGGAAAGAAGUUUGAAGCAGCAUGAUGGUUGCUUACACCCUGAAAGACGUGCCAAAUCAGUGCCUUCACAUUUCACACUGCACCUCGGCGCAGUGGUAGAACUACUGACUCACGGCACCAGAUACCCGGGUUCGAUCCUGACCUCGGGUGCUGUCUGUGUGGAGUUAGCACGUUCUCCCUGUGACCUGCUUGGGUUUUCUCCGGGUCCUCCCACACUACAAAGACGUGCAAGUUUGUGGAUUAAUUGGCUUCUGUAAAUUGCCCCUUGUACAUAACAUAGGGCUAGUGUACAGAUGGUCGCUGGGCGGCGCGGACUCGGUGGGCCGAAGGGCCUGUUUCCACUCUGUAUCUCUAAGAUAAACUAAACUAAACUAAAUUCCAGCAUCUGCAGUUUCUGGUGUCAACUCUUCCGCUGCACCAUCGUGCCGCCCUCAGGAACUGAUGACCUCAGUAAGGGUGGAGUCCAUAACGGCCCAUAGUUGGCUGGGGAAGAUGUGCUAAUGACAGGGAUGCGAACAGUGGAACUAGUAGCAUGACUAGGGUGGAGGAGGUGGCUGAUGUCAUGAGUCCCUCCAUCACAUUGUGUUUUGCUUCCAAUUUUUUUCAAUUCCAACAUCUGUGAUUCCUUUGUGCCGUCUCUAGGUGACACUAUGAAAUAUUAGGCUUGCUCAUCUAAUUCCCUGUGGAACUUGUUUUAAUCUGGAAAUGAUUUCCUUUACAAUCUAAUCUGGUUAAAUCAUGCUUAAGUAUGACGUACAUAGAAUAUGGAACUUUGAAGAGUACAGCACAGAAACAGGCCCUUCGGCCCGCAUUGUCUCUGCUGGACAUGGUGCCUACUAAUAUGGGGACUAAUUGAUCCAAUCUCUAAGCAAAGCUGUCCCCCAGCUGGUCUCUGUCCUCAUAAAACCUCAUUAUAUCUUCAGUGUGUUUCCUAGUUUGGGUGAUUUAUUUGAAACAGAUUUAUUCAUGACUAUGCAAGCAGCUGAGUUGGUCUCAAAGCAGUUUUAAUAAUUUCCUACCCUCCCAGUGAAUUUGUGAAAUCGCCAACUGUGAUUCAACAGAAAGCAUUGAAACUGGUCCUGUCUAUUGUACUACAGAUUGGCUGUACAUAUUCCUGCUGCUGAGACAUUUCGCUUGAAACGAGUGGUUUUACAAGACCAAGUUCACGCCCAAAUUGACAGCACCUGCUUGCUGCGGCUUUAUAGCUCUCGUCCCAUCAGCAGGUGUAGAACACAAGGGCUCAUUGUAACUGACUGCCCAAGGCUCACAAAAAAAUAUAAUGUGCGGUCCCUCUCUGAGUUGCACGUUAUUGAAACAUAAGGAACUCUAAAGUAGCACUGCUAUAAAAGCCCUAAAUGUAGCCGCCAAGGAACGCAGGGGCGAUACAUACUAAGGGACUGUGGUACACUGUGAAAUCGACAGAAGGAUGGAGGGUUGGGUGUUUAUGCGUGCUAUUUUCGUGAUAUUUAUUUUAGUUGUUUAUCUUUUAAUAUUUUAUCUUGUAUGUAUCGUUAGCUUUUAGAAAUGUUUGAAUGGUGCACUGACUGGCUGACAUUUUUUAAAUUUCGUUGUACAUGGUUCAUGUUACAAUGACAAUAAAGAAACUA